UCAUUAAAAGCCUAGUAUUGGUGUUUGUGUAUCCUCCCUCAACCCUCCCUUAUAGUUCUGACUAUAAAGACCUCUGGAAGAGAGGACCCAACUCCUCCGCCAUGCAGGCUGUCGUCUCUCGCUACCACCACACAAACAGAGUAGAGGAAGCGAGCCUAAGAUCACUGGGCGGCAGUAUAGGUGGCGGUAUACCCUACUCGAACCAGUCCCAGUUUCCUUCUUCUACCCUAUCCGAGAGUCUAGCCGCUUUUAGGGAGCACCACAAGGCCUGUGCCUCUCGUCGUAGACCCGCCUAUAUAUUCGAGGCUAGCCUGGAAGCCGAGAGAACAGAGAUACUUGCUAAGAGAUACACAGAGACACUCAAGCAAGAGCUACAAGGAACUACAAGUUGUCCUGGACUGGUCCCAAAUAAUCCAAACCCCCAGCCCUCUUCUCUGAACGCCUCCUCCUCUCAUCACAGAGCCAGAGAGAUAACAGAGAACUCUCUGCGGGGCCUACCGUCUUCGGCAGCCAUUGUUACAUCAUCGGUUCCUCCCCCUUUACUCUCAUUUAAAUCCACUCCAGCAGGAGCUGAAGGACUUACAAUAUCUACUGUAUCAACUCUGGCAACCACCUCUUUCCCACCCUCCUCAUCCAUACAACCAGCAGCAGACUGUAAAGCAGAAAUCAUGUCUCAAGGCACCAUUUGUCCCAAACUCUCUUCAUUCUCUCCUUCCUCCAACAAUAAGAAACCUUCCUCUCUGUUCACUGAGGCAACCACUGGUCACUCAUCAGGUCUUUCCUCACACGACGAAGGACCAGCUGUUUGUAACGUUGUUGUUAAAACGGAGCCUGGCCUCAUCAAUUCUGAUUGCUCUUUAAAGAAAGCCGCACCCACUACAUGUAGCAGCAGCAGUACUCCAAAGGACGGAGGUUCAAGGAUUGGACGUAUCAGACGUCACUCAAAAGAACUUUUAAAGAACCUCCAACAAGCCCCACCCACUUCCUGCUCAAACGAUGCCUCCGAAGACGGCGACCUUUCCCUCAAUCCGUACGACAUCAUGAACGGGAAAAUGUGUGCCACACCCCUUUUAAUCCCGAUAGAAGAGACGGAGGACGAGACCCCAAGGACGACGCCCACUCUAAAGUCUCCACCCGUUACUUCAAAACGAACAACUAGGACUCCGCCCAGUAGGGGGCAUGUUACUUUCGGGAGUGAUACAAUACUUAAAAAGGAAUUGGACGAGUUUUCAAAAGUUAUGAAUUUUGUGGAAAAGCAGGAAAAGGCGAAAGAGCUGAGGGUAACAUCCCCUUUUCUUCCCUCCCCUGUUCCCUCAUCCCUCCCUCUAACUUCCCCUUACUCUAUGGGAGUCCCUCAACAGAACUCCAAUCAUCAUCUUGUCUCGCCACCUCCUCCUUACUCUGUCGCUUCUAACUUCCCCCCAGGACCAGGCUAUUUAAGAAGCCCAUUGUCCUAGUCAUUACAAUAGCUACGUCACUUCUCCCGACACGCCCUAUUCUCUAGAGCCACGCCCACUCCAACACUUGCCCUCAUCUACUCUCUCUCAGAUCGGGAACCUCCUUUCUUCCCCGGUCUCUUCCACCGCUCCUUCACAGCCGCUCCCUAAUCACAUGUCGACGUUUGACUUUCCCUCUCAUCAGCCUGCCCCACCCCCUCCCGGAUAUCAUCACCACGGCAACGGGAUGUUCCCCAAUCAGAUGUACCCCGUCCCCCAUCACCCUCCUCCUCCUCCUCAUCAGUCAAAUAAUGUUGUGUGGAACGGAUACUCACCUGUUGCAGGACAGAAAAGGGCGUUGCCUCAUGUUGGAGGAGAUUACGUCACGCCUUCACCUAAAAUGUCUCAUUGUCCUUCGUCAAUGAUGAACUAUCCUUUGGUACCCAAUCAGCUCCAGAACCCCUGCCCACAAUUUCCCCCUGGGGAGACACCCUCCUUUUCGCACCUUUCUUAAAUAUGCAUGGCCCCCUUCCCUGUUUUUAGGUGAUUGACAUUUUAAACUAUUAUUGUUUAUUAUUAUUAUUAUUGUUAUUGUUAUUAUUAUUAUUAUUAUUAUUAUUAUUAAGGCUUUAUUAAUUAAUUCAGUAUAUGAUAGUUUGUUAUUUUCUGUUGUUUAAUUUUUUCACUUGAUUAAUGAUUCACUCUGCACUGUGUAGCACAGUCUAAAGACUUGUUUAUACAACUUCA